UUCAUUUGAACGCGCGCUGCGCGAGUGCCCGUCACGUCGAGCGCGUGCGGGAACGCGGAUUUGAGCAGCAGGUCUGAUGUGUGGACGGAGAAUACAAACGGGGGUGUGGUUUGGGUCAAUAACUACCACAGUUUACGGUCAAAUCAAAAUACUGCAACCCGCCGUGAAGGUGGAGAGGCUGUGUUCGUGAUAUCACAAGCACGGGACUUGUUUUGUGCAAUUGAAUUUCUGUGAGGAGACGCUUCACGCGCUCGUGGCAUUCUGUGGACGGUGAUUCUCGUGUCGAUGCUUUUCAGACACGAAACUGGUCGAUGGAAAGGAUGAGGAUGGAAAGUUCCCACUAAACUGGCUUUUAUUACAAUAUGGGAUGGAUUUUACAGACGGACAUUUACACGUUUGAUUUGAAUUUGGGACAACUGAAUUGAAUCUUGUUGGUGCAUACACGUAAAGACUCUCUGCAGAUCUGACUGACUGACUUAACGUUACAUAAGAGCGCUUUGUGUUAGAAAGCAGACAAACUGAAAUUGAGCGUUUUACACGACUGAAAAGCACAGAGGAUAUAAGAUCAUCCCUUGACACAGGAAAUAUUUUUCCAUGCUUACCUGGAUGAAAUGUAGAUUGAUGAAGAAGAGGAAACAAAACACAUACUUCUUAAACUAUGAUUGUUUUUUGGUACACUAAGAAAGUCUUGCCUUGAAAGACCAUUAUUGUUUUGAAUACCUAAUAUCUGCCAUCACUCCUAAGGCCCUCGUUUACCUCAACAGUCAGCAAAUUAAAUUAUUGCUUUAAAAAGCAUACUGAAACUACAGAAAGAUGAACAACAAUCUGCAAAACACAAACAUGUUUACAGUACAAGCAGACGUUAUAUUUCACGCCGCAAACCUAGACUCUCCAGAACCAUCCCUCCCUUCUGAAGGGAACAAUAAUCUCCCGGCCAUGGGGAAAAUGGGAAUUCCCAGCAUGGAUAUACAGCAGGGUGUGUGGGCUACAUCCGAAUCGGGAGGAUUGACUGACAGCAGAAGUCUGGGACAGUGUGGUGCUGUAACGGGUGCAGAAAACGCACAAGAUGCCGUCUCCAGUGACAGUGGAUUUCAAGAGCACAUUCAGUCUGUGGACACAACAUCUAAAGCACAACACUUGGACCUCAGUUUGAGAAAUAUAAGUGAACUUUCAGGUCGAGGAAAUGUCAAAGAAACAAAUGGAGCAAAAGUAACCUCCAGUACCUCUUUGUGUUACGGAAGAGACAACAAGGAGGAAAUAGAGAAAUUAUCUAAUGCUCUCAGAGACACUGAGGUUGUUCGGAGACGGUCUGACAUUAAAAAUGCCACCUCCGUGUCGGAGGACAGAAAUCAUUCCUAUUCAAGUUCCCAGGAAACGAGGUCAGGUUGCUUUUUAGGUUCCUCUGAAGGAGCAAAUCAGACUCAAUACAGAACAUUGUACGGACAGACGGGACUGGAACAGAGCCAAGGCCAAAAGCACAGUGGAUCUGCAGUAAGAGCGGCUCACUCGGCAAAAGAAGAGCCGAAUUUAGUCAUAGAGGUGGGCGGACAAAAAAUCCAAGCACACAAGGCGGUAUUAGCUGAGAAAAGUGAUUAUUUUAAAGCCAGGCUUUCUCGGGACAUACUAAAGGUGAAGGGAAUGAGCCACAAGACCUUUUCUGUGCUUAUCGAUUAUGUUUAUUCAUCUCAGAUGAACGUAAACAAAGACAACGUCGUGGACGUCAUCACAGGCGCAAAGAUACUGCAAAUGCCCUGCGCGGUGCAAUCUGCGAUCGAUGCCAUUUCCAUGCAAAUCACUCCGGAGAACUGCUACGAAAUCCUGACUAUCGCCAAAAAGCAGCGAUUGAAUGAACUGAAAGAGACAGCUUAUCGAUUCAUGAGCGACAACUUUCUCCAAGUCCUGCGAGAUCCGGCCGUUUACGGGCGCCUUACGGGCUCGGAGAGAGAUCUGAUCCUGCGUAAGCGGAUGGAGAGCCGCAAAAGUCUGAUGGUGGCGGAAAUUAAUGAUGUUUUUGAACGCGUAGGGAGCAGACCACCGAGCAGAAACAGCAGUCGACCCCAGAGCCCUCUCUCCAUCACAUCCUUUGAGGAUAAUCACAUGAUCUACUACUACAACAAAAGCACUAAGGACUGGCACACCCUGACCGUCAUGCCAGACGACAUCAACACCAAGGGCUGUGGUAUCUGUACGAUGUACAACUACUUGUUUGUGGCAGGUGGAAUCAGGGGAACCGGGGACAAGAGCAAGGUCUCGGAUAAAGUGUACUGCUACAAUCCCAUCACGGAUCGCUGGAGCGAGGUCCGACCCAUGAGCCAAGCGAGAUCGCAACUCAAACUCGUCUCCAUGGACGGGUAUCUGUACGCCAUCGGUGGCGAAUGUCUCUUUACGGUUGAGAAGUACGACCCUCGCAUGGACCGCUGGACUGCGGUGGCUCCUCUACCCAAGGGAGGCUUUGCAGUGGCGCAUGAAGCCACGACCUGCAACGGAGAGAUUUACGUCUCGGGAGGGUCUCUGUUUUAUCGGCUGCUGAAAUAUGACCCUAAGAGAGACGAAUGGCAGGAAUGUCCUUACAACAACAGCAGGAAAAAAUCCACAGAUAUGGUUGCUCUCAAGAGCUUCAUCUACCGAUUCGACGUCAACCGUGAACAGGGCAUCAGCGUGUUUAAGUACAACACCAUCGUAAAGAUGUGGCACGACUGUGCGACCCAGCAGCAAGGCUGCACGCUGCCGUUUCGCUGUGCGGUGAUUGAUAACUGCAUCUACUGUGUGAAUAAAUCUCAGACGCUUCAGUUCAUCAUAGAAGAGGACGGAGGUCGGUUCAAGGAAGAGUUUCUUAAAGCACCCACGGAGGCUAAAGGCAUCUUAUUUCCCUUCGUUCUCAGUUUGCCUGAGAGAGGUGGAAGAUUUAUGUGACCCUUUUGAGUUGCUCCAAAGUUGGAGAAACUGAAUGCCUGAUCAAUAUUUAUAGAUUACACUUUAUCUCCCGAGAAGUUCAAGGUGUCAGCACAGCUUGAAUGUGCUGGAAUGUUUUUCUUUGCAUGGUAGACGCCUUAAUGCUCCACUAUUCAACUUUGGUAGAUUAAAGGGUCAAUUCAACCAAAAUGAAAGCAUGUUAUUAAUUACUCGCCUUUAUGUCGUUCCACACCCAAAAGACCGACGAGAAUACUUUUUGGGCUCAUAAAGUCAGUUUUCGACACUUAUUAACCAAAGCAGCACAUGCUUAUGGGUGAUUCUCACGAAGGUGUCCAGCAUCAGAUUUUUUUUUAAAACCCUUGAAGCCAUUUUUUUUGCACCUUAAGGUCUGAACUUAAAAUAACCAUUAUUUUUUGAGGAUUUAAAAUAUUUCCUAUAGAAUAAUUUACAUUUCAAUUUUUUUUAGAUUAUCAUGAUCAAAAAUGAUCAUUACCGCAACAUGAUAUUACAUUAAAUAUAUGCAUUUACAAACUCAUGUUUCGGUAAUGAGAACUAAAAAGUUGUCUAGGUACUAUGACAAACAAAAUUUCUACUUUUAUCUGGAGAGAAAAAAUAAGAACAACUUACCUGGUAGCCAUCUUGAGUGUCACAGUCAAUUAUGUCCCUUCCAACAAUUCUUUUUUCAAAAUGUUAGUUCCUCGAGCGCUUAAACAAUGAUUGGAAAUUGUUGCGGAGGAUGAGAAAAUUGGUCUUGGACACAUUUAUAUUCCUUAUUAUUGUCUCUACAUUUACCAAUGAUCACCAAAUACCACAUGUUUCUUUACUGUAAAUGUUUAUAGUAUAACAUGCACUGAAGCUUUUUAUUUUUUAGAUUUUUUUAAGUAAAAAUAUUUCCAUGUCAAAGAACCCAAAUCCAAUCAUGGACACGUUGCGGUAAUGAAAAUGUUUCCCUUAAAUGUGGAAAAAACAACAACAUUGGUUUGUAUGAUGUCAUUUGAAAUCAUGUGCAAAAAAGUACAUGAAGAGAUGUUUGUAACUGAAUACUUUUUAUUUUGAUAGCAUUUAUUUUUUUAUCAAAAUGUUUCAUGACACCUCAUAAAUUCGCGAGAAUCAGCCUUAUGUUAAAGAGACACUUCACCGAUUUGCAUUAAGCUUUGUAUAGUUAGAACCCCAGUCAUGUUUUUGAAUGGUCAUGCAUAAUUUUCUCAGUUGCCACUUAGACAGAAGAAAUACAGAUUUCAGUGUUGCACUUCCUUCUUUCAAUGAUGUAAAAAUCAUCAUUUUGCAUCAUUGAAAGAAGGAAGUCCAGUAUCUUUGUUGAGGGGGUGAGACUACAAACACCCCUUUUCUCGGUCAAAUAGGCACAAAAUUCUAAAUGUAUGUUACAUUUCGACUACAAAUAUGACACACUUUCAAUAAAAAUUAAUGUUUCUACGGGUGAAAUGCUCCUUUAAACACCGGCAUCGUGUGUCAGCCAUAGAUAUAUAUGUAUACAUAGAUGCUUCAUUCAAAUGCUGAAUAGAUGUAAGCAUCUAUUUAUUUAUGGCUGUCGUUUAAAACACAUGCGUGCGCUCCUUUCAUUAAUGCCAAGUUCACACUACAGGAUUUUAAAGGCGGGGUGCAUGCCGGUCAGGUCGGGUUGUUAUUGGGGGCAAAUUAGUGAGCGAUCAGCGCUUGCCGAUUUUCGUCUUGACUCAUGUCAUGAUGAGCUACAGCCAAUGAGAGCAAGGCAUGGGUUGAGGUACACACGUAUGGCGAUUCAUUCUUUCACCCAUAUUUUUUCCCCAAGAUUGUUUUUUCAGAGCAGAUAAUAGCGCAAAACUAUGGAGCCCCUAAGGGGACAUGGAGCAAAAAUUAAAUAAAGUUUAGUUUUGCGUGCGCACGUGAAACUAUUGCAUGCUCACGUGAAACUUUCACGUGCGCACAUGAAACUUUCGCUUUAAUGUGCGCACGCGAUAGUUUUACGUGUGAUAGUUUCACGUGAGCACGCAAAACUAAAUUUUAGAUUUUUUUACUCCAAUGUCACCUUAAGGGCUCUGUACAAAACAGCUUGCUGCGCUAGUUUCUUUCUGAAGUCCAUUUUUAAAUAAACAAUUCUUGUUUCAAGGUUGUUUCGCAUCCCUUUCCACGUCUUGCGUGUUUCUUCAUGCCAAAAUGUGGUUUGGGGUCCAGAUAGAGUCGGUGGGUUUUUCUCAGCUUGUCUAGUGCUUGACUUCCUGUUGCGGAUCAUUUACGUAGUGUGAACACCUGAAUGAUUUUAAGACUUAAAGGCGCUCUAAGCGAAUAAUGUGCGACGUCACUUCCUGUUGAUGUUUGAACUGUUUUCAAACAGACAGAGCGUAGCUAACUCCUCCCCCUCCCCCUCCCUUCCGUGCUUUCAUGAACGCGCCCAACCCCCACCCCCAAAUCCUUCUUGUCGUUUAUUGGCUGGAAUACUUUGUUUCGUUUUGUGCUGCUAGGUUUGGCCAUUUGUUGAUAUUGCCGUUUGUGAAGCCUGGGUUGUCUACAGAGAUCGCGUUUUUUUACAGUUUGAUCAGCGGACAGGCAGCAAGCAGAUAGUGAGGAGAUGUUUCCGGUAUGUAACAAAAAAUGUUUUAUGGUCUAAAACGCUUCAAUUCGCUUAGAGCACCUUUAAGACUUUACAUAGAGCAAAUUAUGUAGUCUGAACAGCACAGCGAUCGGCCAACUGUUAAAGUCACACUUUCUUUGUGUGAACAUGGCAUAAUACACGUCGGACAGUGACUUUAUGAGCCCCAAAGGUAUUCUCGACGCUUCAUAAAAUAAAAAUUGAACCACUGUAGUAACUGUAGGACUAUAUUAAUGAUGUCUUUAUUGCCUUUCUUGGCCUUGAAAGCUGUGAGUUGCAUUGCUUUCUUAGGGGGAAAGCUCUCAGAUUUCAUAUCUUGAUUUGAGUUUUAAAGAUGAACAAAGGUUUUACAGGUGUGGAACAAGUUUACAAUCACAAAAAUGUCAUUCUUGUAUGAAAGUCAUAUAUAUCUUAGCUGUGCAGUCUCUUUCAUUUGUUUUGUGCACUUUUGUAUCUUAUAGUAAUUUGGAUUGAACUGGAAUUUGUCCGUGUGAAAUUGAGAGCACAAAUGAACAACUAAAGCACAUGACGUAAUAACGGGACCUUGUUUCCUAGCAACAGAUUCUAUGCAAAUAGAUGUAAGUAUUUAAUAGUCAAAUAAAUCUUGAAUCACAGAAAAGCCUAAACGAACAGCUUUGACACACAUAGGCCAGUGAAUUAAGGCCCUGAAGAAGCAGCCAUACGUUACGAGCACAAAGCACUUGACUUCUAGAACUGCUGCUGCUGUCUCAGAUAUUACUAGAUAAGAUGUUAAAUUGAACUGUUUAGUUCAUUAUAUUUAAAAUAAGCACUUAAUAUGGAGGCAAACAAACACGGAGGGUCAUUCCUCAUUAUUGAAUCAUUGCCAAAGAUAAACCUGAUUUUGCAGGCAGUUAAACAUUAAAACAUUACAUUCUCAUGAGCAAUACAUUAUUAUCAGGCAAUAUGCAUCAAGCAUGAUGUUUGGGAUUUGAGCACAGUCCUCUUUAAUACAGAUACAAAUUAAAAAACACUUUCUCGUGGUCAAACAUUUCAGAUAUUGAAGGAUUCUUCUGCAUUAUUAUAUUGGUUUUCUACCCACGUUAUCAAUUUAGGGUAUCACUGUAGAAACCAUAAAAAUGAGACGAUACAGAAAAACCAGCAUUUAGUAUUGUGUUCAUAGCAUGCCAUUCAUCUUUAUAAUUCGGAUGCUCUUUGUUCACCUCCUGUGACAUCUGGAGUAUUUUACUACGAUUUUACUUCAUGCUUCAUAUACUUUGUGCUGUGUUAAAACAAUCUUUCAUUAAGUGAAUACAGGCAUGAAUGUUGCUACGAUUACGAACGUGAAUGUUUUUGUGACUUCAUGCCCUUGAAUUUCCCCUCUGUGCUUUUACGUUAACAAACCUUGACAAGCACCACACCGUUUAAUAAACACUUUGAGGUUACAAUAGAUCUUCCUGUUUACCUCCUUUGUGUUUUUGAUCUUUAUAAAUCAUGCCCGAGUGCUUCUAGAAAGAUGUGCACCUGAGAUUCGGAUGUUGUUGCAAGGUAACCGGAGUGAUGCUGUGUUUGACUUGGGUGUUGCUUGCUUACUGACAUGUAUAAGGCUAAUAUGCUAUUGAAAGAUAUGGCUUGAUGGUUUUACUUUUUCAGUGCCUCUGUCCGUUUAACAUUUAACAAACUAAUGUGUCUGUGUUUACAAUAAAGUUUUUUGUUGCCGUU